AUGGCUGUGCUACCUUUCCCAUACUCAGCAUCUCCCACUCCAUCUCUCCCAUUUUCUCAACAAAAUCGCCUUAAAACAAAACCAGAUUCCAAAACAGGCACGUUCUCACCAAUUCAAUGUUGCCGCAGCCAAACAGAGCCCUUCCAACUAAACGGCCAAGCCAGAGUUUCAGAGAAGAUCUCUCUUACCAACCCUGCUUUUGCAGCUUCCGGUGUAGCUGUUCCACCCAGGCCUCGAAGAAUAAUCCUUGUUAGGCAUGGAGAGAGCGAAGGAAACGUGGAUGAGAGCGUGUACACAAGGAUACCUGAUCCGAAGAUAUCCCUCACUGAGAAAGGGAAGGCCCAAGCAGAGGAAUGUGGCAACAGGAUAAAGCAAAUGAUUGAGAAAGAGCCAGACCAACACUGGCAGGUUUACUUCUACGUGUCGCCAUAUCGAAGGACCCUUCAAACCUUGCAGCACCUUGCUCGUCCCUUUGAACGUUCAAGAAUCGCUGGCUUCAGAGAAGAGCCUCGCAUUCGAGAACAAGAUUUUGGGAAUUUUCAAAACAGAGAAAAGAUGCGAGUGGAAAAGGCACUGCGGCAGCUUUAUGGUCGUUUCUUUUACCGAUUUCCAAACGGAGAAUCCGCGGCUGAUGUAUAUGAUAGAAUCACAGGAUUCAGAGAAACGUUGAGAACAGAUAUUAAUAUUGGACGGUAUCAGCCACCUGGGGAGAAGAAAACAGAGAUGAACUUGGUAAUCGUGUCUCACGGUCUAACACUUCGAGUGUUUCUCAUGAGGUGGUAUAAGUGGACGGUUCAGCAGUUCGAGUGUCUCAACAACAUGGGCAAUGGAAAUAUGCUUGUCAUGGAAAAGGGUUAUGGUGGAAGGUAUAGCUUAUUGAUGCAUCAUGAUGAAGAGGAGCUGAGACGCUUUGGACUGACAGAUGAAAUGUUGGUUGAUCAGGAGUGGCAUAAAAUUGCAAGGCCUGCUGAUCUGAAUUACGAUUGUCCAAUGGUGAAUUCCUUCUUUCCCCACCUCAGUGAAGGAACAAGCAAGUGCGAACAAGGAGGUUGA